GAACGAUACGAACGAUACGAACGAUACGGAGUAUAGAUAGAACUAUAUCUUGUUCCCUAGUCAUCAUUCAGACAGACCAAAGAGGACCAGGACCACGUAAGGAAAAGCCUUCUCAGAGCUUUGGAAUUGGUUCGUCUGACUAAACUACAGUCAACAAACUGGAAAAGAGACCAAAGACUACUGCAGCCGACAUGGAAACUGUCCAGAUUGACAGCGCAUGCACAUGCGCACGAAUCACGCCCAUGUAGGACUAGUCUAUCAUGGCCUGUCCAUCUACUUCAUCCCGCCGUUGGCAUCGGGGAUUAUGUGACAGUUUACUACAAAGUCUAUGCCUGAGGGAGAUCCAACAGACCAAAACCCCUGGAAGUAGAGCGUGCUUCAAAGUCUAUGGCAUGGAGGAGAUGUUGGUCGUAAGGUGCUUGCCAAUAAGGUGCUGCUCACGCGGGAAAAAAGGCAUAGCGUGGGAUGACAUGCACCGGACGAAGAAGCGUCCGUCGGCGUGGCAUGGCUCAAAAAUAGACCAACAUUAUUUGCCGGUGACAUCCCUGUCUAGAGGAUCAAAUCAGCAGCUAACGAGAUACGCGCCAUGCAUCAUCAUUGCCGUGGUCCAGGCUGGAGGUAGACUGGGGACAGAUCGGCACAAAUUCAUCAGGCUGGCGCUGUCCAUGCCACCAUGGCUAGUACCAACAAUUGACGAGGGAUGUCGGGGAGGAAAGUGAAUGAAAGGAAAGGCAGGUAGUAUCAACAGGCAGCAAAGGGAAGGUUGGGAAGGGAAAGCCGAAGGAAGAAAGAAGAAAGAAAAGAGGCGCCGAUCGCUUUUGGGCCGCCGGGCAUCACGUGCGGCUCCUGAGGAACUCCUGACUUGGAAGGGUGGAAGAAUGGGCUGGCUGGCUGCACCACC